UAGGGAAUUCUUUGGGGGAUUGUGAUGUUCAGACAUAACUAAUGCUGAAAGAAAGGAGGGAAGAAGAAUUACAUAAUGACUUGCAUGAUGCUUCAUGUGAAACAAACCCUUUAAAAAGGAAGAAUUUCCAGUGUGUGUGUGUGUGUGUGUGUGAGUGUGUGCGCGUGUGAAGGGAAGGCAGCAGACAGUUCAGCAGGGUGUCAGGAUCAGUUUUGCAAACAUGGUGACAUCUUACCCAGUUCCUGAAGGUUUCACGGAGAUUGAAGUAUUUGGCAUCGGCACAGCUCUUCUGGUUGAAGCACUACUUGGGUUCAUUUUAAAUGGUCUGACAAUCCUCUCUUUCUACAAAAUCAGAGAGCUGAGGACACCUAGCAACCUGCUCAUAAUAAGCCUGGCAGUGGCAGACACUGGACUGUGUAUCAAUGCAUUCAUUGCUGCCUUUUCCAGUUUCUUGAGGUACUGGCCCUAUGGGUCAGAGGGAUGCCAAAUUCAUGGAUUCCAGGGAUUUGUUGCAGCGCUGUCCAGUAUCAGUUCCUGUGCUGCAAUAGCAUGGGAUCGUUAUCACCAGUACUGUACUCGUAGCAAGCUACAUUGGAGCACAUCAAUAUCAGUAGUGAUGUUUGUCUGGGGCUUCUCUGCUUUCUGGUCCAUGAUGCCACUCUUUGGAUGGGGUGAAUAUGACUACGAACCUUUAAGAACGUGCUGCACAUUGGAUUACUCUAAAGCUGAUAGAAACUUCAUCUCCUAUGUUUUACCAAUGGCUUUCUUUGAGUAUCUAAUCCCCUUGUUUAUAAUGAUGACCGCUUACCAAUCCAUAUUCCAGAAGCUAAGGAAAAGUGGACAGAUCAAGAUGAACACUGGCAUCCCUGUAAAAUCAUUGAUCAUCUGCUGGGGGCCAUAUUCACUUCUAUGCUUUUAUGCAAUCAUUCAAGAUGCAACUAUCCUGUCUCCCAAGUUACGCAUGAUGCCUGCUAUCCUAGCCAAGAUAUCCCCUGCAGUGAAUGCUUACGUAUACGGACUUGGAAAUGAGAACUACAGAGGAGGGAUCUGGCAGUUUCUCACUGGACAAAAAGUUGAAAAAGCUGAAACUGAUAAUAAAGCAAACUAAUGUGUCUUAAACAGCUUUGUUUUCCCAAGUAAUGGACAAUGGGAAGUGUUUAUGAAAACGUAGGCAGCCUGGUAAUGCCUUAAACCAAUCUGUUUUGUGCAACUUUUACAUCCUCCAUGUGAACGUAAUAAUUCACUGCUGUUUAACACAUUGCCAACUGCUAAUCUCUUGCAGUAAAUUGCACCAUUAAGUACAAUAAAAAUGGCCAUCCAUGUAAAAUGUA